CCCGUCUCCACCUGCUCACCCCCCGCUCCCGGCCUGCGCCGCUCACCUGUGCCCGCCCCGCUCCGCAACCCCGGCGGGCGGGAGGAGCACCGCCCCGCCCCGUCCCGUCCCGCCCGCCCCAGUCCGCCUGCCGGGCGGACCCUCGCUUCUGCCCCGCCGCGGGUCCUGGCCCGCGCCCCCGGCCCGGCCCUGCCUCCGCGGGCCGCGGAGGCCGGCAGCCAAUCGGAGCGGCGCUGCCGGGCCGGAGCUGUUUACCCAAUCUCAGCCCGCCUCCCCGUCGGGGAGCCGCCGAGGGGGGAGCGGGCGGCGGGGGGCACGGCGGAGGCAGGGACGCGGCCGCGGCGAGGGAGCCUCAAGGGGAGCGGAACAAAGCGCGAAGGCGCGCCGAGGGUAGAUGACAGCCUGGCCCGCGGGCUCUCCUCCCGUCCGCGUCGCCCCGGCGGGGGCACCCCGCGCUCGUACCUGACCAUGACCCCGCGCUGGUCCCGGCUGGGCCACCCCGGCGUUUCCCGCUGAAGGGACUGGCUCCUUUCCGACCUCCCCCACUCCCUUUCUCCUCCGCCUCUUCGCUGCUGAGGCUGCCGCCUCUUCCCGGAGCCCUGCCGGAGUGAUGGGCUGCAUCGGAUCCCGCACUGUGGGAAACGAGGUGAUUGCAGUAGACUGGAAAGGACUGAAAGAUGUGGACCAAAUCAAUAUGGACAGCACCAGUUCACUACAUGGCAGCAGCUUCCAUCGACCUUCCACUGAGCAAACACGGACAGAUUUUUCCUGGGAUGGUAUCAAUCUCUCCAUGGAAGAUACGACCUCCAUCCUCCCCAAACUGAAACGCAACUCCAAUGCUUAUGGGAUUGGGGCUUUGGCUAAAUCAUCUUUCUCUGGGAUAUCUCGCAGCAUGAAGGACCAUGUCACAAAACCAACAGCUAUGGGCCAAGGCCGUGUGGCUCACAUGAUUGAAUGGCAAGGCUGGGGCAAAGGUAACAGCCAGCAGCAGCAGCACACGCAUGAAACAGCACGCAAAGACGCUGAUGCCUACUCAGAUCUGAGCGAUGGUGAAAAGGAGGCCCGAUUCCUUGCAGGAGUGAUGGAACAAUUUGCUAUUUCUGAGGCAACUCUCAUGGCUUGGUCCUCCAUGGAUGGUGAGGAUGUGAGUGUAAACUCAAAUCAGGAGAACCCAGCGGGCAACUACUCUGAGAAUUAUCAAGAACUAAUGGAGAGCCAAGAGCAUAUGGCCCAGACGCAGUAUGAUAGUUGGCCUCAUUCCUACGUCUCACAGGGCAUGUAUUGCUUAGGUUCAUCCGAUGCCUGGGAGACCAGUGACCAGUCCCUCAUUGCUUCCCCAGCAACUGCCUCCUACUUAGGCCAGAAUUUUGAUGAAUCUCAGACAAACCUUCAGGAAAGCAUUUUGAUUCAGAGCAGCCUUCUCCAGCAGCAACAGCUGCAGCAACAGAGGCAGGAGCAGAACUUCAUCCAGAGCACAGGGCUGGUCCACGUGUGGCCUCUGCAGACUGCUCAGUGUGGGGCAGAGUCCAGCACAUACAUGGAGGACCACAUUGAGGAUGAAGGGAACCCACAGCUGGAGAAGGCUCCUCUCCUAAACAAGAAGCCGUCUCCAGAGGAGGAUGAUGCAGUGUGCCGGGACCUGGAAUCACUGUCUCCUCGAGAGGAGAUGGAACAUGCUGCACUGAGCCGCAAAGUCUCAGAUGUCACCUCCUCUGGGGUGCAGUCCUUUGAUGAGGAAGAGGGGGAAACAAACAACUGAUGCUUUCUGUGAAGUUCUCAUCACUGCUGAACAAAGAAAGGGGUGGCAAGGGAUGAAAUUACAGGGAUUCUCCAGCUCCCCAUACUUCCGAGCAGACACAUGUUCCGUUCCUGACAUUUAAUUAUUUUUUUAAACAAGAGGAAAAUCUCAAAGUGAUUGACACAUGAAGACCUUUUCUUCCCCUCUACCAUGGACACAUAUUUUUGAUUUUCAUUGCUCUGGGCAACAUAUGUGAGGUGCUUGGAGAGAUCUGGAUUGGUAAAUAAUUUCUAAAUCUUUUUAAUACAAAGUCUUGGCUGUGGAUACAAACUCUUCUGGUACUGGGGAUGUUGCUGAUGAAACAGACAUGGUAUAGAGAGCAGCUAUGUGGCUAGAAUCCAUCUUGGCAGAAUGGAUGUUGCUCUGUGGACAUGGUCCCCUUUGAUAGAAUAUAUGAGUAUAAACUGGUUUAAAAUGAAGAUAUGGCUUUACAAAUAGAGAUUGCACUAGUAUUUUGAUUGUGGCUGAUACAGAGGAUAAGGCUGUAUUUGAUACAGACUGUACUGAGAUGAAAGAUUCGCUGUGUAACCAGAUCCUCAAUAGCACCUUGAUAUGAAAUUGUAGGCUCAAUGGAUACAAACUGCACCCCAUGGGCACAGGCUGUGCUGCAGUACAGAUGUUGUAGCUCUGUGCGCAUGGCUCUGCUGUGGCAUGGAAGAAUGGAUGCAGAUAUGAAUCUAACCCUGCUCUCAGAUAUUCGUGCUUUGGUCUCUUUCAUUUAUUUGUUUCUUUCUUUGAAAUUUCUACCUUCCCAGGAGCUGGCAGGAAUGGUGUGUCCUUUUAGCAUUGGGCACUUGAUGCCAGUGGAAAGGACAUUUUCAGCUACGGAGACAGUCAUAAAAUCUGAGUCUUGCAGGGGCUUGAGAACAUGUCCAUCUUGGUGCUGCUGCUGUAUCCUUCUGUCUUUUCCCUUACCAGCAGUAUGGAGAGUCCUAGAGAGUAGGCAGCAGAUCCAGGAACAGUGUGUACAGCCAUGAGAUCACAGAUACCCAGUUUACAUUGGAGUUUUCAGUUUUGGUUUUUUUUUAACCUUUUUAUAUUGCCGUGUAAGUGUUCCUAACAAAGAAGUUAAUGGUGGGAAUGACCUGUACUCCAGUCAUCAUUAAACAGAGAUACUGCACCUUUCCCAUUUCUGCCUGUCCUCUGCAGUGCCAAAUAUAGCUGGAGGAAAAAGGAGUGAGAUGAAGUUUUCUCCUCCUGUUUAUUUCUUCUUCCUGCUAUAUUUUCUUCUUUUGUUUUCCUACCCCCAAGCAAUAUAAAUAAUGCUCAGUACUUGGUCUAUUUGUUUUUCCCUUCCAUCUCUUUUUUAGGACUGGAGAGAGCUGAUUUCAGCUGUUUUACCUAUUUGUACAGGUUCUAUUUUUGUUGUUGUUGUUGUUGUUGUUGUUGUUGUUAAAAAAAUAAGGUUCAUUGACCAGGGGGAAUUUGGUCUCUUGCAAUUCCUUGCCAUGUUUCUACAGACCUCCUUUUGGAGGAGAGGAGUUUCAAAAGGAAAUGGAAAGAACUGUCUCCUUUCGAGCUCUCACCAGGAAAUAAACAGGGGCAAAAGCAAGCUAAAAAAAUGUACAAGGCUGUCGAUUGUGCAGGAGGAGUGAACAGAACCAGCAGAAAUUAACCAAGUGCUGAGUUUUAAUUGCAAUACCUCUUGUAAGGAAGCAUCAGCAAAACAUGGGUUUAGAUCAGAGCUAGAUCUGAUGAGCUGGGGAAAGGAAUUUGCCUGGACACUGCCAUACUGUCCCAGGGGCAACUCUUUCUCCCUUACACUGACUCAUAUCUACUCUGUUUAAUUCAUGAUACAUUUGUUUCUUCUUUGCCUCCUCUUCAGGCUUUGUGUAUUUUUUGGAUGACAGGAUACAUGAUUCUUUCCUGAUUCAGGUUUGGUCCCAGCAUAUUUGCAGGGAAGAAUGUCUGAGGAGAAUAUAAUGUGCCUGAAGUAAUAUCAUCAAGUGUCAGAGUUCGGACAGCUCUUAGUAAGCAAAGCAGAUGAUAUCCAGGAAUUAUGAAAAGUAUGAAUGGGACUCUCAGGUAGAACUUUACCCCACUCAGCUUUUUCCCACUUACACAGGCAGCUGCAUGAAGAGGGUCUCUCUCCUCUAUGAACACCCAAGUCUUUCCAGCCAAGUCCACUUCAAGUGGCUCUGUCUUCCCUCUCUGUUGCACCUCUAAAGGAAAGACAUUUGGGAUAUUUAAGUAUGACUGGUAAUUUGGUGUAGGUAAGAGAUAAAAGUUUUUGUGACCACUGGUUUUUACCCAUUUGCUUGGGCAUGCUUACACCUCUCUAAGGAGGUAACUCUUCUCCUGAAUGGUGACCUUUCAGUAGCUCUUUGAAGAUGUUUACACGUUCAAGUGCUAACCUCCCCUGGGCAGGAAGGCUUGAUAAAGAUUAUCUCCUACAGUUCUUGCAGGGCCAGUGCUAGCUCAUUGUCCUGAGUUGUUUUAGGUCUAGCCAUGGAGCACAACCUAGGAAACCACACUAGCCAAAUCAGGGAGACGGGGCAAGUGCCAAGAGCACCUCAGCAGAUGACAAAUGAGUAAGUGUUAACUUUUUCUUAUUCUUGUCUUUUUUUUUUUUUUUUUUUUUUUUUUUAAGCCUUCAGGUAAACAAAAAAAGGUUCAGCAUGUUCCUUUGUGGGAGAAGAUUUGGGUGGCUUGUGGCUUUUUCCCUCCAAACCAUUUUGUUCUCAUGUGCCUCUCCAGGACCAAUCUGGACGUUUACGGUAACUUUCAGAGUAGCUUCUAAUGAUCCCUCUGUGUUGUUUACAGGACAAGUGGGUCAACUUGUCCAUGGCUUCUUUUUCUUUUAAUGUGGACAUGUGGUACAUUUACUAAGAUGUCUGAUUGAUGUCUAAAAGAUGUACAUUAGCCUCAUACAAGGCAGUGACAGGGAAUUAGCCACAUGAGAAAAAGUGUAAGAGAAAAAAAUGACCUUAUAGAAAAUUCUAUGGAGUUCAAUAGGAAGAUAAAACCUAUUUGUAGAGUUUUCUAACCUCUGUGGAAUGGGAUAGAAAAUUAUACCCUGCUGUAUAAUUCUGUAACUUGAUCUCUAGAAACCUGUAGAUAGACUACCAUUCAGACUGGUUUGAACACUACUCUCUAUAAAUAUUUUUCAAGCUUACUAAAUUCUAUACAUGUUUUUCAUAAAGGUCUCGACUUUCUGUGAAAAAUACAAUUGCAGCCUUUUUCUGGAAAAAAACCCCCCACAAAACCAAAAAAACCCCAAAACCCCCCAAAACCCCCAAACAAACAAAAAACCCUCACAAAACCAAAGCAACCCCCCCUAAAAACCAAAAACCCUCACCCAAAAAGGCUGUUUACCAUGACCUAUCUGCAGUCCAAAAGAGAAAUGUAUCUACAUUUGCCAGGAGCUUGACUGGAGAGAGCAGGUCUGCCCAUCCGCACUUGCUGCCCGAGUGAGCAUCCUGAGCUGAACUGGAAAGGCAGUUUGAAUCAAGAGAUGCAAAUGGAAAAUAGUUUGUAUAACCUGGCCUUUUCUUAUGUAACAGGCCUGCUGCUUGUGUGUAUCCAAGAUCAGAGAGAGGGACCUGGAACCUACUGUACAUUUCCCAGAAAAGCCGUUGUUAUUAUAUAGCUACACCUAUUCAAGCAUAUGGAAGGCACAGGUGCUCUGUGAGCAAAAUUUGGCCUGCAGUUCUUUUAUCCUGGUGAGGAGGAAUGAGUUGGAGAGAGUACAGCCAAAUACUCAGAGCCCAAAUUACAUCUGUGGGGCUGAAAAUAAAAAGGAAAGGUAAGCUCAGUAUCCCUGAUCUACAGUUACUAAGAAACCGAGCCCUGCUGUUCAUGUACACAAACCCUUUGCAAAGCAGAGCUGCACAACAUAAAAAGGUGAGGUUUUCUUGAAGCAGUGGAGGUAGAAGAUUCCCGUCUUUCCCCCCAAGCCUUUAUCUUCAGCAGGAACUUGUUGAAAUUAUUGUGCUGAAUACAACAGAAGGCUUAAACACAAGUGACCAUAACUGAAAAAAAAACUCAGAUUCCACUGCAAGAAAAUUCUCUCUUGUUCCUUUUCCCAUGAUUGCUCAUAUCUGAUGAGUUAGUUACACUAUUUCAUAAGGUUUUCUUUUAUAUAAAUCUUAAGCUUUCUUUACAAGCCUUGUGAGUUCUCUUCAACUCCGUUACCUCAGGCUCUGGGAUGGAAAAGUCAAUCUGCUUUUUUCAGUUUCUGUGCCUCUAAAUCAUCUUCUUCCGGGAAGCUGCUGACAAGUCACCCACUUGCUUUUCCCCCUUAAAAGCUUUGACAUCACUUUUCAUGAUAGGCUUGCAGCAGAGAACAGGGUUUAUCCAUACCUCUGACCAAGUGGUAAGCUGCUAUGAAGAAGGCAGCCUUCUGUCCUGACUGUGCUCACCUCCCAUCUGUAAUUCUUAUGCAGAUGCUGGUGCACAGCUGACCCCACAGCAAGCCAAUGCGCUUUUAGCUUACCAUGAAUGUGAAGAGGGAACAGCUGUGAGUAAAGGGAGAGACAGCACUGGUCUCAGCAGCUGGCCUUUGGAUCAGGUUAGGGAGACUGGGAAAGUGCACUUUGAAAUGGUAUCUUCAUGAUGAGUCUAAGCUGCUAAAAAGAGCUGUUGUGCCUCCUCCCUUCUGUCACCACCAACUGUAUACUUCUACUGCCUAAGAAGCACCAGUGCUGACACUCAUUUGGCUGCUCAGGAACUGGCCCCAUUGAAAACUAACCCGGUCUCCUGGCAAGAUAAGGAUUUCAGUGGGAUCAGCUCCUUGUAUUGUUUUACUUGGUAAGGCAAGCAUCACUGUGGGCUGGUGAAACAUGCAGAUAGUCAUGUUGAAUAUUCUUUGGUUGCAGAUGCAAUUUAAAUUAGCUUAAGCUGAUUGUAAAAUAUCUUUUUGAAAAGAAUAAGCCCAGCUAGGGUACCAGGGAGGACAUAUUCCUCCCUUCCUUCUCUAGUGUUUUCCUUAGAAUUUCUAGUAUGCUCUUACCUGAUUUGGGUUUUGUUGUUUUUUAAUGCCCUGUUAUCUCCCUCACUAUUCUCUCCCCUUCCACAGGCUCCUUUGAGAUAAACCCUUGCAAUAGGGCAGGAGGAGAUGAGUAACAUGAUAUAUGCAUAGAAUUAAUAAAAUUAACAUGCACAAAUAUCAUAUGCAGUCAGUGAUCCAUGGCAGCUAAAGAUACUAAGUCUUCUCCUGUAAUUGCAAGAGGCAGAGCCUUGUGCAGGAGUGAAGCACAGCUGUUGCAUGUGAGGUUUAUCCCUAACUUUAAGCUAGUUCCACUUUAGCGUGAGAUCCAGAAUGGCACUUCACACCUAGGCAGAGUCUGUGCAUGAUGUACUGUGUACAACAACUCAAAACUACUAGUUUUAGGCCCAGAGGAGAGAACUGGAGAGAAGGAAACUGUUCUCUUUAUUUCACAAAGGUAUGAGGUAUGGUGGUGAGGCAAAGUAGUGUGUGACAAUACAGGCUUGUGGACAACUGUGUGUGCUCUGUGCAAUAGCAAGGAGAAGUCUAGCCAGAGAGGGAAAGACAUUGAGAGAAAGUCUUGGGAAAAAGAUCAAGAAAGGCUUGACAUCUUAUGUUUACACAGCACAGGUCAUGGCAGACUCCAGGCAGAAUGGGCUCAUUCAAUAUAGUCCAGGUAUAGAAUUGCUACACAAGCUGUAGCUCCAGGGUUGGCGUAGCUUAUAGUACUCCUUAGUCCAAGCCACCCUUCUUUCUGAAAGACAGAGUGGUAGGAAAGAGAUCUCCCUGAAUUUGGGCACCUACUGGCUUCUUUUUCAUCACGUUUGCAAAACACUUCACAAUAAACUUAAUUCUUCAGGGAAAUAAUAUAAGAAAUACACCAAAUAAGAACUUAGUCAUUGUCCAAAUGAAAAUAAUGUGUGAGCUGUUCUCACUGGAAACCCCAAAUAUCUAAAUUUGGCUCAGUUUGCCUUAACUGCUGUAUUGGUAAUUGCCUAGAAGGAGAAACAGACUAAAAUAAACCCACCUCUCAAUUUUGUAGAAAGCAGAGCAACAUUGGCACAAUCUAAGCUCUUCCUUUUAAUUUCUCCCAGAUCGAAUGUCCCAUGUUCCUUGUUCAGACAACUAUAAACAAUCUGGAAUUUCCCUUAAAGUAACUGAUUUUUUCCAAAAGAAAAAGGAAAAGAAAGGAAAGAAAAACCAACCAAACCAACCACCAUUCAAAUACAGUUUUUCAGCAGCUGAUGCCAGUACACCUAGGAAAAUAUAAGUUUCAUCUUUGAUUCUCCUCCCCUGUAGCAAUCUGACAGGGAAAGACUUCUAUGCCAUGGCUCAGGGAAAGGAAAAAUAAACAGGGAAAUGUGAGUAAAGUAGUGCCUAUUAGAACUAAAUGUAUGUGUAGGACAGCCUACAGUCAUUAAAGCACAGUCUCAAAUAUGAAUGCAAGCUGUAAAGUCAACGUCAGGUGCCUCUUUUGUAUCAUAGGCUUUUUCCAAGCUGAGUAGUAGUGAACCACCUGCACAGGAGCAGAAGAGAAGAGCGGGACAUCUGUGCCAGAUCAAUGGGUCUCUUUGUCUCAGAACGUGUCAUGGACUCUGGGCAAGGCUGUCUGGGACACUAUACUCUUUCAGCAGCAGAGCCAGCUUCAUGAAUUCACUGGGGUAGAGAUGAAGACAAAUGGUUAUGAUGUUAACAAGUAGACAUGGAAAACCUGUGCUUAGAAAAUUAGGGUCUAUUUUAUAUCCUUGCACUGACAUUUUUUGCACAGCUUAAGCAGAAGCAAGUGUUGUCUUUUGCUUGGAAAUCAAGAGAAGCUCUGUGAUCAUCAGUGUUCGUCUGUGCAGGAAAAGAAAAACAAAAAAAACCAACAAAAAAAAAGGUGAUAAAUUUUUCUGGUGCAGAUACACAUUGUUGGAAGAGGAAAAAUGUAGUCAGGCAGUGACUCUCUGAGAAAGAGUUUGUUUACUAAAACUGUAAAGACUUUUUCAAGAAUGUUCGCAGUGAAGGUAUCAUAGAAUCAUAGAGUGGUUUGGGUUGGAAGGGACCUUAAAGAUCAUCUAGAUCCAACCUCCCUUAGGAGCUACCACUGAUGAGUGGUAGCUGCUGUCUUCUAGGAAGAGAGAGGUUGCAGUAUUCUGUGGAAAGAAUGCUACUGAGGAUCUUCCUCAUCUCCUUUGACUGGGGACAUUAUAAUGCCCUCUGAAACCUAGUCUUGUUUUUGCUUUACCGUAAAGGAUCAAAUGUCCAUGCUAGCAAGACAAAAACAUCUAAAAAGGCUUUCCUCCAUUAUGGAGACAAGAUCGUGCGCCAAGAUUUACUUCAAAUAAGAUAAAGGCAUCUAGUCCAGAUUCACUGGCUUUCUGUAUUCAUUUUCAUUGGACAUGGAAAUUGUCAUGAGUUGGAGGUCAAAAGGUUAAGAAUCCUUUUCCAGAACUCUGCCAGGUUCCCAGUACAGGUGGACUUCCCUUCUUUUCAGAUACUGCAUGUGUGACCAAUGUAGCAAGCCAAAAACUCUUUUGCAGGUAUAUAUUCUUAUUUGGCUUCAUUUUUUCUGCUCUGAUUUGUGGAUGUUGUGCAUGGUUGGACGUCUCUGGGAAUCCCUACACUAUAAAAUUUGGACUCAAAAGUAAUUUUGUGGGGAACAGGGUUUCUCUUGUUUCAGCUGUUUUCAGAUAUGGGAGGGUACAGCCUGAGGAUUUGGGAGGUAAAAGGGUGGUGGAUGGGAGUCUCAGUGGUAUGCGGAAUGGAUUCCUGAAGCAUGUUUGAAAAUAACUAAAGACUUGCGUCUUCAAAUGUUAUAUUCUCAGUAUCUGAAACUGCUUUAGCAGAAGUUUAUGGGACAAAAGGUUGUUGCAAAGCAAUUUUAAAGAGCUUACAGAGUCUGUAACCAUUUUCUGUAGGGGGUAGCUGCAUGGUGAAUAUGUUUUCUUUCAAGCUAGUUACAGAGGUGCAUUGAUGUUUGGGGGGAAAGUACUAAAUGGAAGAAAAACAAAAAGGGAAAGGGACCCACUAUUGAAAGCUUUCAUCCUUACUUGUCCCACAUUAGCCCUUAGUAACUAAAAUGAGUCUGAUUUGCCUUCGGUCUUCCAGCUCCAAAACAUGUUUGCCUGAAAAUUUUUGUUGGAUAUACUUCGCAUGUUUUGAUAAUGUGACUUAUGAGAUAACACUUCUGGAAAGAUAUAUAUAAAUACAUACAUGUACAACCACAUACAUACAUGUACACACACUGCAUAUAGACUUAGGAAAAUAUAUGGCACUAUACACCUCCAUGCCUGUAUGUGGCAGCAACCACAGUAAAGGAGGGGAGGUAGCUCAAAAUAGCAUGUACAGUCCUUUAUGGAGUUGUUAUUAAACAGAAUGUGGUCUUGCCGUC